CCGACGCUUGGUGGAGGACUUCACUUUAGGUUCGCAGUCGGAGAGCUUGGCUUUUCAGCUGUUUGGUCCUGCAGCACUCCUUGUCCGACAUCAUGGGAGUGACUUGUGUGUCGCAGAUGCCUGUGGCUGAGGGCAAGAGUGUUCAGCAGACUGUGGAGAUCCUCACCCGGAAAUUGGAGAUGCUCGGGGCAGAGAAGCAAGGAACAUUUUGUGUGGACUGUGAGACCUACCACACGGCUGCCUCUACCCUUGGCAGCCAAGGUCAGACCGGGAAGCUGAUGUACGUGAUGCACAAUUCAGAAUACCCUUUGAGCUGCUUCGCCCUCUUUGAGAAUGGCCCUUGUCUUAUUGCCGACACCAACUUUGAUGUGCUCAUGGUGAAGCUCAAGGGCUUCUUCCAGAGCGCCAAGGCCAGCAAGAUCGAGACCCGGGGCACCCGUUACCAGUACUGUGAUUUCCUAGUGAAGGUGGGCACGGUCACGAUGGGGCCCAGUGCCCGAGGCAUCUCCGUGGAGGUGGAGUAUGGCCCCUGUGUGGUAGCUAGUGACUGCUGGAGCCUGCUGCUCGAGUUCCUACAGAGUUUUCUAGGCAGCCACACACCAGGGGCUCCCACAGUGUUUGGCAACAGACAUGACACGGUCUACGGCCCAGCAGAUACCAUGGUCCAGUACAUGGAACUCUUCAACAAGAUUCGCAAGCAGCAGCAGGUGCCGGUGGCUGGGAUUCGUUAGUAAGCUCUGUCACCAGAGGACUCCAGAGGAGGAGCAGGUGCUGCACCCUCAGGUCCCCGAGCCCCAGAAACCCAUGGGAGACAUGGAGGUUUCUCUCUCCCUCUAGUCCCCAGCUGUGGCUUUUGUUCUGGGGCUCUGGAUCGUUCGCCCCUGAUCCUCACACACAGUCCCCCUGUUUCACGGCACACCUUACUGGACUUGGCCUGUCCUCAAGAAUGGUAACUAUGAAGAAUGGAGAAUCUUGGAGCUUUCCUGCUGUAGGGGACAAGGUAGGACAGGGGUGUCCCUGCCUAGUGUUGGUGGGGAAAGUAGUCUCUUUCCAACUAUUGUGGAUUUGACCUAGGCCACAGUGGACAGGCUGCAUUCUGUGUCGGGGCUGUGCUGUAAUAAAGGCUUUUUCUGCUACUCAAAGGAUGUUGGCUGUGCCUCUCCUGAAGAAGGAAUAGGAGGCCAAGUUGUUUUAUGGUUGUCAUGUUCUGACCUGUUGGCAGAAAUGAAUUGUGAGUUGACUUUUCUAGGUUUUGCCUGAGUCCUUUGAAGUCUCUGACUACUUUUAAUUCUGUUGUGAAUUAUGUUAAGCCACAGGCUAAGCUGCUGUAACAAAGGGAACCUAGUAGAAAUUUCAUUUUCUCGUACAGAGGUAGUCAGAUGGUCCAGGGUAGAUUUAACUCUACAAGGUCAUCAGGAACUUGGUUUCUUUUUAUCUUGUUGUUCAGCCACCCUUAGGUUGUUGUCCUUGCCUGCAAGGUCAAAGCAGACUCAUCAGCUGCAUGUCCACAUUCCACUGGGGAAAGAGAGAACAAAGUAGUUUCUUUUUUAAAGGGUACGACCUGGAGUUGCUCCAACCACUAUGGCCACACUUUGUUGAAAGGGACACUGGGACAUAGAGCCGCUGUUUUGGGUAGUCAUGUGCCCAGUCAAAACUCAGGGGGCUCUGUGACUAAAGGAUAAAUGAUAAAGGAUCUAGUUAGUGGCCUCUGUUACAUGGAGCUCGGUGGGUGUGCCCAGGAAUGCUCUUGGCUGUUAUUUUGCAGUUAGUACCCCCUGUAACUAAGCUCUUUCUUUAUGAAUUGGAUUGAGACAGGGCUGAUGCCAGAGUCCCUUUUGAUUUGGAUUAGUCCUAUCAGGAAGUUAGUUCCAAACCCCUUGCCUAAGUCUCAGCAUCCAGCCCUUUCCAGUUCUCAUGAACCCAGAGCUUAGUGUUAGAAUAAUUAACCUGAUACUUGCAUUGCACUUCACGGUUUUCUGAGCUCUUUCUUCUCGUCUCAUUUGAGCCGCCAAGCUUCUCAUUUGACUGAUACUGCCUGCCCACCCCACUCCUGUUACAGAAAUGUUUAGUCAGGCUAAUAUUGAGAUACACAGUUGGGGACGGCCUUAGGAAACGUGUUAGUGUACUUACUGCUGUGCUGUCCUCAAGGAUGCUGUCCCUCACCGAAGGCACCUAAAGAGAAAUUGUUUUCAGACAUGAAGGCCCUACAACAAGAGUCAGAUAGUGGUCUUGUUUCCUGUUUAGCUUUGGCUGGCAAGGAGCUCAAUUCAACUUUAUAACUGCAGGACCUGUCAUCUGCAUUGUUUUUGUUCUCACUUUCCCCUUGUUUUCUUGUUUAUGCUAUAUUGGAAAUGAAAUAUGUUUUAGAUAUCAUUAACACACAAUAAAAUGCACAGACCUACGUUUUUGGCCUUCUGAUUUAUAUUUGCUCUUACCCAGAUUUAUCUAUUUGUAUUUUUCUGU